AGUUGCCUGGUGCCAGAGCCCUCACAUGUGUAAGACAGGCACUCCGUCUGUGUACGACAGCGAAUCAAACAACAACGACCCUCGUUACAGAUACCUGGGAGACAAGAAGGGAGACUGCACUUUACAGAUCACAGAUUUUCAGCAGAAAGACGGAGCAACUUUUCGCUUCAGAGUGGAAGCUAAUGACCACAGAGCAUCUUUCACUGACAUAUCAGGAGUGAAAGUCAGACUCUUAGGUGCUCUGGGUCAAAGUGUGAACUAUCCAGAUCCUGUUUGUGGUGUGAUAGGAUCAACAGUCACCCUCCCCUGCUCCUUCACACCACUGAAGUCUGUCAAUGACAAUGGAAGAGAAGUUUUGAUCGAGGUCAUCAGAGUCGUUUGGUGCAACAACCAUGAAUUCUGUCAGCUUACCACUCUGUCUGUGUACAACAGCGAAUCACAGAACAACGACCCUCGUUACAGAUACCUGGGAGACAAGAAGGGAGACUGCACUUUACAGAUCUCAGAUUUAAGGAAGGAAGAUAGUGCAACUUUUCGCUUCAGAGUGGAAACUAAUGAUCCCAGAGCAACUUUUACUGGCCAACCAGGAGUGAGAGUCACAGUCGUAGAUGGUGAUCAGAUGAAGAUAAGAAGCUCCAGAGAUGACGGAGAGUUUAAAAGAGGGGAAGCAGUCACACUGAACUGUUCGGCUGCAAUCUGCACUAUCCACCAACUGGAGGUGACCUGGUUCAGAGAUGGCUCUACCCUCUCCGAGUCUGGCCCCGCCCUCCAUCUGGGUUAUCUGACUGCAAAGGAUUCUGGGAACUACACCUGUGGUUUGAAGAGUAACAACCGCAUCCUCUCCGUGCCAUACAGCCUGCGA